UCGAUACAUUUCAAUCGAAUCGUCUGCUAACCAACAUUUCAAGUUUUCAACACAUGCUUUGUGACUUGUACGAGUUAUAUCCAAUUUAAAUUAGAAAAUUUUAAAAAAAGUUAGUACAUUCAAUCAUGGUUUCAAAUUUAACUUUUGAUUUCAUGAGACUGGUUAAGUGUGCGUCAAAUAAAAAAUGUAAUUGGCUUCUUGAAUUUAAUCGGUUUUAUGCAAGAGGGUCUCGUUAUUUUCCCACUGAUCGGCUUUCCAAUGAUGUUGACAGUGAAGAAAAACAAGACAAUAAUAAAUCUAGUGAUGCAGAUGGAUCUCAAAUGGAAAGAGCACCCAGAACACUUGGUGAAUCCCCCAAACAAUUGCUUGAAAACGCGGCGUCUUUCCGAGAGGCAAAAUCACAUAACAAACCUAAAGAAAGAGUAGAAGAUAUUUGGAAUUCUAACCCAUAUCCUAAAAUCAGCAACUGGAAACAAAGCCAAGCCAAACAUUCAAUUAGACCUUAUCGGGACCCUAGAGGAACUUCCAUAAUACUUUUUCCUGGUCAAGGUACCCAAUUUGUUGGUAUGGGAAAAGAACUAUUACAGUAUCCACUUGUAAAACAAAUGUUUGAUUUGGCAAGCUCAGUUCUUGGAUACAAUUUGUUAUCUCUAUGCUUAAAUGGCCCUAGAGAUACACUGAACCAGACAUUUUUUUGCCAACCAGCAGUUUUUGUCACCUCACUAGCUUGCCUUGAAAAGCUUAAAGCUACAAAUCCAGAUGCCAUCAAUAAUUGUAUAGCUACUGCUGGUUUCAGUGUUGGUGAAAUAGCUGCUCUGGUUUUUUCCAAAGCUCUGACAUUUGAAAAUGCUGUAAGGCUAGUAAAAGUACGGGCAGAAGCAAUGCAAUUAGCCUCUGAUAUGACAAAAUCCGGAAUGAUGACCGUAUUUUUGGGUCCAGAUUCAAAAUUAAAUUCUGCUUGUGCAGAAGCAAGAAAACAUUGUGAAACAUUAGGAUUAGAAAACAUUGAAUGCAGAACUGCCAAUUAUCUUUACCCAGAAUGUAAAGUAAUUGCUGGAAAUAAAGAGGCGCUUGAUUUCAUUGAAAAACACGCAGCCACUUUCGCAUUAAGGCGAUUGAAACGACUGCCGGUAAGCGGAGCCUUCCAUACGAAGUUAAUGGAGCCGGCAGCUGCGGUCGUGGGAAAAGCAUUGAAGAAAAUUCCAAUCCAACAACCGACCAUUUCAGUUCAUUCAAACAUUGACGGGAAGCGCUAUCGGAAUUCAGAUCAGAUCUUAAAGCGUCUGCCCCAACAAGUAGUGAAGCCAGUUUGCUGGGAACAAACAAUGCACGUGCUAUAUGAAAGGAACCAAGAUCAACAUUACCCUAUGUCUUUUGAAUGUGGGCCAGGGAGUUCCCUUAAGAGUAUCCUAAGAAUGGUAAAUGCCAAAGCAGCUGUAACGUGUACGACUGUCUCAGUUUGAUAAAGUAUGUUACGUGUAAUUAUAGAUUCAAUUUAGAAUAAACUGAUCUUCAACGUU